GGCUAAAAAAGUCUUGAUCAGUAUUUCUUAUCAUGUUGAUGUAUUUUGAAUGUUUAGUUUGGAUGAUGUGAAUUAUGUCUUUCAAGGAUCACAGGAUUUAGUUGUAAUGAUAUCUACAUGUGUUAAUUUUUGUUUUAGACAAUCCCUCAAUCAAACAAAGUUAUGUAAAAUGGAUGUUGUUGUAAUGCUGCUGACUAAAGCUCAGAGGACUAUUAUUACAAGUAGGAAACAGAUCAAAAUACUCACAGCUGAAAGGAACAGAGUGCAGCUCACAUUUGAGUUUCAGAUGUAGUCAAAUUAUAGUUUGUUCCUGCAUGUAAACCUGCAUACUUCUGCUUUUCACAUGUUUUCAUAUUGUCACUUGACAACAGGAGAAGACACAUCAUCGCAAGCCAUCCCUGGACGUCUGUCUGAUAUAGAGAGCUCAGGUCAAGGUCUAACACUUGUACGAGUUGAAUAUGAACCAGUGCAAGCCAUCCCUGGACGUCAGCCUGAUAUAGAGAGCUCAGGUCAAGGUCCACCACGCCAGAGCCCAGAUGGGGUAGAAGUCAUACCUCAAGACAAAGAAAUCCUGAGCAGUCAUCUUACAACUGUCUUCCUCCCAAUCAUCUACAUCAUUGUGUUUGUUGUGGGGCUGCCCACCAACGCCAUGGCAAUAUGGGUAUUCCUCUUCAGGACCAAGAAAAAGCACCCGUCGUCGAUCUACAUGGCAAAUCUGGCUCUGGCUGACUUGCUCUUUGUCAUCUGGGUCCCCCUGAAGAUAUCAUACCACUUCAAUGGCAACAACUGGAUCUACGGAGAAGGGCUGUGCAAAGUGCUGGUGGCGUUUUUCUACAGCAACAUGUACUGCUCCAUCGCCUUUAUCACCUGCAUAAGUAUCCAGCGUUACUGGGCAGUGGUCCACCCACUGUCCGAGCAGCAGAGGGACAACCGCAUACCCGUUGCUGUCUCCAUCACCGUCUGGGUGGUGGUCUGGCUUAUCACCAUCCCUCUCUACCUGCAUGACCAACAGGUCAAAAUAACAAACUUCAAUCCAAAAAUCCUUACCUGCCAUGAUGUCACCAGGCAAAGUCAGGUGGGAAUAUCAGCUGGCUACUUCCUGACAAUGGGAACUCUGGGAUUUGUUGUUCCCACUAUUGUGUGCAUCAUAUCCUACAUCCUCAUGCUCAAAGCUCUCAGGAACAGCAUGACAGAUGCUGCCAUCACCAAGAGGCGACGGAAGGCUGUGUUCUUGAUCAUCACAGUGUUGGUUAUGUUUUUAGUGUGCUUCACCCCCAGUAACAUCAUGCUGCUGGUACACUAUAUCCUCCUGUUGAGUGGGGCCGACAACCACCUGUACGGAUUUUACAUCACCACCCUGUGCCUGGCUAGUCUCAACAGCUGCAUCGACCCUUUUGUUUACUACUUUAUCUCCAAGGACUUCAGGGAUCAUGUGAAGAACACGUUCCUCUGCAGGAGUGAGAGAACAGUGAAGAGGAUGAAGGUGUCCUACAGGGCUCCGAAAAACUCACAAGAGCAAAACACCACACCUAACUCAGAUAACACACAGAGCACUGAAUGCUAGUGGAUUAAUCAUUAUUAAGCUGUUUUAUUCCUGAUCAUUAUCUACCUUCAGAUAUUGCUUUUCAGUAACACUUAAUUUACAGGUCUCUUCAUUUGUAUAGUAAAAUAAAAUAAAGUGUUACCUUUUUUUCUUAUUCUACUGUGACUUCUUCCACCUCAGGUUUGGUUCAGUACAUGUAAGGAAAUUUAGGAGUCAUCUUUGGCAAUGACCUCCUGUUUCAGAGCUUUGAACUGUCUAAAUUACUGCUUAUAUUGUUUUAAUACAUUUAAUUGUCUUUAUAUCUUUUACAACACACUUGUUUUAUGCACUUUGCUUGAUGCAGUUUGCUUGAUUUCAGCAGGAUAUGAAUGAUUGCCUUUAUGCAGUUUUAAUCUUUUAUUCCAUGUUGUAAUUUGAUGAAUUUUCUGUCAAUGUUUGAUGUGUCAGAAUUGAGACCCAAACCUAAAAUGGGCAAAAUUUAGCAGGUUUUAUAAUGUAAUGGAUAAAAGUUUGUCUGUGUUUUUUUAAAGUAAUAAUUUUUGCUUGUAUAUCUACAUUUUAGUUUGUCAAUAAAAGUCAUUGUCUAACUAGCAGUUUCCUGACUCUGUGGACGGGUCGACAUGGGAAAGGUCAA